AUGUCCAACCUUCCCUACGAGCCUGAGUUCGAGCAGGCCUACAAGGAGCUUGCCUCCACUCUUGAGAACUCCACUCUCUUCCAGAAGAAGCCUGAGUACCGCAAGGCUCUUCAGGUCGUCUCCGUCCCCGAGCGCGUUGUUCAAUUCCGCGUUGUCUGGGAGGAUGACAACCAGCAGGUUCAAAUCAACCGUGGUUUCCGUGUCCAGUUCAACUCCGCUCUCGGCCCUUACAAGGGUGGUCUCCGUUUCCACCCCUCCGUGAACCUGUCCAUCCUCAAGUUCCUCGGUUUCGAGCAGAUCUUCAAGAAUGCCCUCACCGGUCUCAACAUGGGUGGUGGUAAGGGUGGUUCCGACUUCGACCCCAAGGGCAAGUCCGACAACGAGAUCCGCCGCUUCUGUGUCUCUUUCAUGACUGAGCUCUGCAAGCACAUCGGUGCCGACACCGAUGUUCCCGCUGGUGACAUUGGUGUCACCGGUCGCGAGGUCGGCUUCAUGUUCGGCCAGUACAAGAAGAUCCGCAACUCCUGGGAGGGUGUCCUCACCGGAAAGGGUGGAUCCUGGGGUGGCUCUCUCAUCCGUCCCGAGGCCACUGGUUACGGUGUCGUCUACUACGUUGAGCACAUGAUCAAGCACGCUACCGGCGGCAAGGAGUCCUUCGCUGGCAAGCGCGUUGCCAUCUCUGGAUCCGGUAACGUCGCCCAGUACGCUGCCCUCAAGGUUAUCGAGCUCGGCGGUUCCGUCAUCUCCCUCUCCGACUCCCAGGGUGCUCUCGUCCUCCAGGGCGAGGAGGGCUCUUUCACCCCCGAGGAGAUCAACACCAUUGCCGCCAUCAAGGUCGAGCGCAAGCAGAUCUCCGAGCUCGCCACCACCGAGGCCUUCAGCUCCAAGUUCAAGUACAUCCCCGGUGCCCGCCCCUGGACCAACAUCGCCGGCCGCAUCGACGUCGCUCUCCCCUCCGCCACCCAGAAUGAGGUCUCCGGUGACGAGGCCAAGGCCCUCAUCGCCGCUGGCUGCAAGUUCAUCGCUGAGGGUUCCAACAUGGGUUCCACCCAGGACGCCAUCGAUGUCUUCGAGGCUCACCGUGACGCCAACAAGUCCGAGGCUAUCUGGUACGCCCCCGGUAAGGCCGCCAACGCCGGUGGUGUCGCCGUCUCCGGUCUCGAGAUGGCUCAGAACUCCGCCCGUGUCAACUGGUCUCGCGAGGAGGUUGACACUCGCCUCAAGAACAUCAUGGAGGACUGCUUCAACAACGGUCUCGCUACCGCUAAGGAGUACGCUACUCCUGCUGAGGGUGUUCUGCCUUCUCUCGUUGCUGGUUCCAACAUUGCUGGCUUCACCAAGGUUGCUGAGGCCAUGAAGGACCACGGUGACUGGUGGUAG